UGCUUUUGGGGGGAGGAGCCUAAAGGGCUGAGUUCAAAUUUGAAUGUGUGAGACCGGUGCAUUGGCAGCCAGUGCAGCAGAAGUGCUGGAGGCAAGCUUUUCUUCCUAAGAUCUUCAGGGAGCCAAGAAAGACAAACUGGAUUCCACCAUGGACAGCCUCUUGAUGAAGCAGAGACAGUUUCUUUACCAGUUCAAAAACGUGCGCUGGGCUAAGGGCCGCCAUGAGACCUACUUGUGCUACGUGGUGAAGCGGCGGGACAGUCCCACCUCCUUCUCACUGGACUUCGGGCACCUUCGAAACAAGGCCGGAUGCCACGUGGAGUUGCUCUUCCUCCGCUACAUCUCCGACUGGGAUCUGGACCCCGGGCGGUGCUACCGCGUCACCUGGUUCACGUCUUGGAGUCCCUGCUACGACUGUGCGCGGCACGUGGCCGACUUCCUGCGGGGGUACCCCAACCUGAGCCUGCGGAUCUUCACGGCGCGCCUCUACUUCUGCGACCAGGAGCGCAAGGCCGAGCCCGAGGGGCUGCGGCGGCUGCACCGCGCUGGAGUCCAGAUCGCCAUCAUGACCUUUAAAGAUUAUUUUUAUUGCUGGAAUACUUUUGUGGAAAAUCAUGAAAGAACUUUCAAAGCCUGGGAGGGACUGCAUGAAAAUUCGGUUCGUCUGACCAGACAGCUUAGACGCAUCCUUUUGCCACUCUAUGAGGUUGAUGACUUGCGGGAUGCAUUUCGUACUUUGGGACUUUGAUACCAACCUUCAAGAAUGUCACAUACAAAGAAGUAUCUGUGAAGAUAGUGGGUAAAAGAACUAUCUUUGAAGAAUUCUGCUGUUCUUCAACUCUCACUUUCUUUGAGUUUAGGGAAAAAAGUAUUCAUAGAGGACUUAAAAAAAAAAUGUCUUGAAAAGAGAAGCAACCCACCAGGGUUAAUGCCGAAAAACUGGUUCAGUUUUUCAAGGUAACAUCUCCCCCUACUGGGAAAUGGCAGAACUGCAGGACUUUGGAGCCCCUAAGUGUCCGUACUCGACUUUUAAGCAGGGAGAAAGCAAGGAGGUUCAUGCUGAGGAGCAUGGUGAGAGGAUCAGAGGUUUUAUGACCAGUAUUUUUUAUUAUUUGAUUCUUGUUCUGCAUUUUCAACGGUUUUAACGAUAGAUUUUUCUACUCUUUUCCUUUGAGGUUCACUUUCAAGUGAACAAAUUUGCCACCCUCUGAUCCACAGAACCUAAUGAGAACCUGGGUAACUGCAACCCCAAGCUGUCUAUUAUUCAAAGCAUUAAUAUUCAAGCAUGUGUUCUGUGUUUAAUUGUCUGAAGCCUGAUUUUAAUGUUUGUACAUAACUGAUUUUUUUCUUGGCAUGGAAUAUACAUGAUCACCAUUAGGAUGUUGUAUAAUAAAGGAGCUUAAAAUGAAUUUGAGGGCUGUGAAAAAGAUAUGCUACAAGUGAAUUGAUACCUCACAUAACAAAUCGGCAAAAAGAUCCUUUUAGAAUCUUAAUUGUGCAACCACACAUUUCCCACUUAACUAGUGAACGCUUGGAGGGGAUUUGCUUGAAUGUUGAGAAAAGAAAAAAGUCCAUUCUCUCUGAACCUCAAGAAAGUCAACUAGGUCAAGAUUUUUUCCCUUUUUUCUGCAUGUAUGGGUCCCUUCUCUCAAAGAUAUGUGACAAUAUAAGAGAUUGUGACAGAAGAAAAUAUUUGAGAGAGAAGGACGACAGAGCAUUGCAAGCAAAUAGUGUUUUAUCCAUUAAUGGAAUGAUCUACCAUAGCACAAAGUGGUUAUUUGUUCCUAAUAACUAUCAUAGACUGUGAAAAAAAUAUUCAGAAUAACCAUAACACAACUAUUACCUAGCAACCCUUGCAAUGCAGAUAAACAGAUCUACAGGAAAAAGUUGAAAGCAAAAAAAGAAAAAAACUUGAAUGCAUAAUUGUAUUGUUUUACUCUUAUUGUACAUAAUUUGUGAAAGCAAUAUUAAACAUUCUUAUUCAUGUAUUCAUAUUAUAUGUUUAUGGUAUGCAGUGUCUCAUUUUUAUCAUAAUUCCCCUUUGAGUUGUUAAAAUGGAUUUGUAAUGUCUUGUACAUUUAUACCUUUAGAAAUGCUAAUAGUAAACCAUAUAAUUGUAACAUAGUCUUAACAUUGUAUUAACAUUGCUAUGAAAUCUAUUUUCUUGAUUUUUUUUAGUAAAUUUUUCCCACAGCAAAUUUGUUUC